AUGAGCGGUUUCGGAAGGCGCAGUAAUGACGGUCAGGAUGGCUUUUUCUUAAGCCAACAGGUCUCGUUGCCCGUGCCGUGCAGCCAUGGGGAUAGCAAUGACUUUGGCACGAAUGAAGCAACCCCAUACCAUUUCACCCAACACCCUUUCAAUUCAUAUGCAACUCAUUUCAACCUGCCUUAUAGUUCGACCACUAUAACAUCCCAUCACUCGACGGGAAAUUCGAUUGCUUCAAUUCCUGAUCAUUUGUCUCUGCAUCAUCCACCGCCGCAAUGCAUGCCGCACCCGCGAUAUCUUCAAUCACCCAGUUAUGUACCUCUUCACGAGGCACUUCAUGAAACGGACCUUGAGAGUCAAGACUCCAGGAACGAGGACACGAUGCUUUCGGAGCCGAUAAUUCCUUCGCUGGACGGGUUUCCAAAUGUCAAGGAGUUUGACCAGUUGGUGAAAAGCUAUGUUGAUGAUUUGUCAGUAAAAAAACAAGAUAAGGCAUUGAUUCACGCCAGAAGGGCCCAAAACAUAAGGACUGUCCUGAUAGACCCCAAAGAUACAGCCAUCGAAUCUGCUCAAUUCCGAUUUUGGGUCAAGAAGAUGUUUAAACUCCAAGCAGUCGGUGGAGGCACUUCAAAGGGUGCGAAAAUGAUCUGCCAUGAAGGCAAACCGGUUGCUAUCCGGGAAAAGUUAUUCAAAAUCCUGACAAAGGCACAUCAACAAUGCCAACAUGGUGGUCGGGACAAAACAUCGGCCCAAGUCCGCCAGGUAUACUCAUGGGUUCCAAAAGAGUUAAUAUCUCGUUUUGUUAAAAUAUGUCCAACUUGUCAGGUCCGCCGAGGCGGUACACGGCUAACGCCUCCAAGUUCAAGAAGGGGUUCGCCUCGUCUUGAAACAUCAUCGCGGUCUCCCAAACUUCCUUCACCACCCAUGUCAAGACGCCAGUCUGCUAUCCCGCUGGAAAGACCACAGGUGGAGUACUUCGGUCUACAGAACAGCUGGGUAGAAGGUGCGCGAAAAUCCCAUCGACAAUCAAGUCUGAACAUGGGCGCUAUACGAAGUGGGGGGUUAGGCCUAAAUCAUAUUCCGGGGUCUUUGUCUGGGGGGCUGGAUUCGUUCCAUAACGAUCUUCCAAUGCCAUCGUUGCAAAUCAAUUACGGCACAGGGUAUUCCCCUCCGCAUGGACCACCCAAUCAUCGGGAUUUCCCCUAUUAGUUUAGCUAAGAUGUAGCUAACUAAAAGCACCCGAAACUCGAGUUGUCUUGGGUUUCAGCUGGAGAUAGAUACCCAGGCAAUACGCCACCUUGCAUAUUCAAGGUCCAAACUCCGAAGGGG